AUGUGUGUUUGCGGUUGUGUUGCCAGUUGCGCCGCAUCCAGACGCGCUGCCCGCCGCUGGCUGAUGCCCGCCCCCUCCCCUCCCCUCCUCCUCUUCCUCCUCAUCCUCAUCAUCAUCAUCCUCCUUGCCAUCUCCGCGUCGCCCCUCAUCUUGGUGCUGUUGUGCGCAAAAAUCUCCCGCGCCGGACGGAGGGGACCCAGGAGGAGCAGCCGCCGGAGCGGACAUGGAUGUUUAACCCGCACGCUGCUCUCCGCACCAACAACACGCUGUUUGCAGAUUUUUCUUUAGAUUUAUUUUGGGGUGUUUGGGGUUUUUUUUUGUUUGUUUGUUUUUUUUUUUUAAGGAUGUUGCUUUUGCCCUAGGAAGGGAGAGGAUCUGCUCGAUGUUGCUCUUCAGUUAAUCACGGAACCAAGAUGAGGAUUUCUCCCUGUGGCUGGAUGGUGUGGAUGUUCUCGGGCUUCGCGAUGGGAGCUUUCCCCAGCAGCGUUCAGAUCGGUGGUCUGUUCAUCAGAAACACGGAUCAAGAGUACACGGCCUUCCGCCUGGCCAUCUUCCUGCACAACACGAGCCCCAACGCGUCGGAAGCCCCGUUCAACCUGGUGCCUCAUGUGGACAACAUCGAAACGGCCAACAGCUUCGCCGUCACCAACGCCUUUUGCUCGCAGUAUUCCCGCGGUGUCUUCGCCAUCUUCGGCCUGUACGACAAGCGGUCGGUGCACACGCUGACGUCGUUCUGCAGCGCGCUGCACAUCUCCCUCAUCACGCCCAGCUUCCCCACCGAGGGCGAGAGCCAGUUCGCCCUGCAGCUGCGGCCGUCCAUCCGCCGCGCGCUGCUCUCCCUGCUCGACCACUACGACUGGAAGAAGUUCGUCUUCCUGUACGACACGGACCGAGGGUACGCCAUCCUGCAGGCCAUCAUGGAGAAAGCCGGACUAGACGACUGGCAGGUCAGCGCCAUCUGUGUGGAAAACUUCAACGACGCCAACUACCGGCGCCUGCUGGAGGACCUGGAGCGCCGCGAGGAGAAGAAGUUUGUCAUCGACCUGGAGGCCGAGAGGCUGCAGAACAUGCUGGAGCAGAUUGUGAGUGUCGGGAAACAUGUGAAGGGUUACCACUACAUCAUGGCCAACCUGGGAUUUAAGGACAUCAACCUGGAGCGCUUCAUGCACGGGGGCGCCAACGUCACCGGCUUCCAGCUGGUCAACUUCAGCAACCCCAUGGUCAUCAAGCUGAUGCAGCGCUGGAACAAACUGGACCAGAGGGAGUACCCGGGCUCCGACGCCCCGCCCAAGUACACGUCUGCGCUGACGUAUGACGGCGUGAUGGUAAUGGCCGAGGCCUUCAGGACGCUGCGCAGUCGAAAGGUGGACUUGUCCCGACGGGGGAACGCCGGGGACUGCCUGGCGAACCCCGCCGCCCCCUGGAACCAGGGCAAAGAAAUGGAGCGCACCCUGAAACAGGUCCAGCUGCAGGGACUAACAGGUAAUGUUGAGUUUAACGAGUUUGGUCAGAGGAUCAACUACUCCAUGGACGUGUUUGAGCUGAAGAAUAACGGACCCAGAAGGAUCGGCUACUGGAACGGUGACGACAAACUGGUUCUGGAGGAGGAAACCCAGCAGCUUUCCAACGACACCACAGGCAUGGAUAACCGAACCGUUAUCGUGACGACCAUCAUGGAGGGUCCCUACGUCAUGCUGAAGAAGAACUGGGAGUCGUUCGAGGGCAACGACCAGUACGAGGGUUACUGCGUGGACCUGGCCUCCGAGAUCGCCAAACACAUCGGCAUCAAGUAUAAGAUCGCCAUCGUCCCAGACGGGAAGUACGGCGCUAGGGACCCAGAGACCAAGAUCUGGAACGGCAUGGUCGGGGAGCUGGUGUACGGGAAAGCGGAAAUCGCUGUGGCCCCUUUGACUAUCACGCUGGUCCGGGAGGAGGUGAUCGACUUCUCCAAACCGUUCAUGUCGCUCGGCAUCUCCAUCAUGAUCAAGAAGCCGCAGAAGUCCAAACCGGGCGUGUUCUCCUUCCUGGACCCGCUGGCCUACGAGAUCUGGAUGUGCAUCGUGUUCGCCUACAUCGGCGUGAGCGUGGUGCUCUUCCUGGUCAGCCGCUUCAGCCCGUACGAAUGGCACACCGAGGAGCCCGAGGAGGGCACCGACGGUCCGCCAAGCGACCAGCCCCCCAAUGAGUUUGGCAUCUUCAACUCUCUCUGGUUCUCCCUGGGCGCCUUCAUGCAGCAGGGCUGUGACAUCUCCCCCAGGUCGCUGUCCGGCCGGAUCGUGGGCGGAGUCUGGUGGUUCUUCACCCUCAUCAUCAUCUCGUCCUACACGGCCAACCUGGCGGCCUUCCUCACCGUGGAGCGGAUGGUUUCGCCCAUCGAGAGCGCCGAGGAUCUGGCCAAGCAGACCGACAUCGCCUACGGCACGCUGGACUCUGGAUCCACCAAGGAGUUCUUCAGGCGCUCCAAGAUCGCCGUCUAUGAGAAGAUGUGGGGCUACAUGAAGUCGGCCGAGCCCACGGUGUUCACCAAGACCACGGCGGAAGGCGUGGCGCGGGUCCGCAAGUCGAAGGGGAAGUACGCCUUCCUGCUGGAGUCCACCAUGAACGAGUAUACGGAGCAGAGGAAGCCCUGCGACACCAUGAAAGUGGGCGGGAACCUGGACUCCAAGGGUUACGGCGUCGCCACGCCCAAGGGUUCACAGUUAAGAACGCCCGUAAACCUUGCCGUAUUGAAACUGAGUGAAGCAGGAGUCUUAGACAAACUGAAAAACAAAUGGUGGUACGAUAAAGGGGAGUGUGGACCCAAGGACUCUGGAAGUAAGGACAAGUCGUCCCAGGCCCUCAGCCUGAGCAACGUGGCGGGGGUCUUCUACAUCCUCGUCGGGGGCCUGGGUUUGGCAAUGCUGGUGGCCCUCAUCGAAUUCUGCUACAAGUCACGCAACGAGGCCAAAAGAAUGAAGCUGACCUUCACAGAAGCCAUGAGGAACAAGGCUCGGCUGUCCAUCACCGGCAGCGUCGGGGAGAACGGCCGGGUUCUGACGCCCGACUGCCCCAAGGCCGUCCACACCGGGCCGCCCGUCCGCCAGAGCUCCGGCCUGGCCCUCGUCUCCUCCGAGCUUCCUUGAAAACCAAAAACCUCUCAAGUGCCUUAAUGCAACACCAACCGACCGACCGGAACCACCAGGAGGCAGAUUCACCGGGCCGGCGGGUCGCUGCCAGGCCGCGGGGGACGAACCAGAACCUUUUUUUUUUAUUACAACCGGAGGACAAAAAAUAAUAUCAGAGAAAAAAACUGCACACUUGAAACUAGCUGCUGUUUUCUGAGCUGACCGCUCUCGGACAAGAUAUCGACGGGAACAAACGCAGAUAUUUCUAUUCAUAAAAGCGGAAAUUUAAAUCUAUUGAUACUGAAUAUAUGAGCAAAUCUAGAAUACUGUGAAGAUUAGUAAAUAUGUAUAUUCUAAGGAGGAAGUCUAGCUGUACAUCCCCACGGCUGUGCUUGCUUUUUAAACUCGUGUACAUAGCGGACGCUGUAGUGAAGACUCUUUCUUUUCUAAACCAUCUCUGGAGAUUUUAUUCGUCGCAAUAACGACGCGGACGACGACCGAUGAACUUUGUGUUUAUUCUAUUAAUAUAGGAGCAUCUGAACUAAAUGUGAAGGGUAUCCACUGCCCAAAUACUCUGAUACCUGUUGCAGUAAAGUUUCUGAAGUAUA